GCUUGUGGUUUGUAUGGGUGUGUCUGAGUGUGUGUGAGUAGUUAUGUGGGAGGGGGAAAAGCUACUGAGCACAACUCCUGUGUCAUGAAGAACGGUUCACUAGCAGGCCUGUGACCGCCGAACAGCCGCGAUGGACUUCAUGCUGAGCGGGGCGGCCGCGUGCGGAGCCUGCCUAUUCACCAACCCGCUGGAGGUGGUCAAAACUCGGAUGCAACUCCAAGGAGAGCUCAAGACCCGGGGCUCCUACCAGGUUUACUACCGAAAUGUGUUUCACGCUUUUUACACUAUCGGUAAAGUGGACGGACUUGCCGGCCUGCAGAAAGGUCUUGCGCCAGGGCUCGUGUAUCAGUUUUUAAUGAAUGGUGUCAGACUCGGCUCGUUCGCCAUCAUUGAGUCCUCGGGUCACAUCCACACGGAGGGCAGGGUCAGUGCGGUUAAAACCACGCUAGCAGGGGCUGUGGCCGGAGUGGUGGGAGCCGUAAUGGGAAGCCCCGUGUACCUGGUAAAGACUCACCUGCAGAGUCAGUCUACCUCCUCUAUUGCAGUUGGACAUCAGCACAAACACCAGGGGAUGAUCCACGCUCUGGCAGCCAUCUACAGGCAGCAUGGCAUUCUGGGACUGUGGAGGGGCUCCAGUGCUGCUAUCCCGAGGGUCAGCGUGGGGUCAGCUGCUCAACUCUCCACUUUCUCCUCCGCCAAGGAACUGGUGCUUGACUUACAGGUGUUCCCUAAGGACAGCUGGCUCGUGGCCCUCACUGCCGGUAUGAUCAGCAGCGUGGUGGUGGUGGUAGCUAUGACGCCUUUUGAUGUCGUGAGCACGCGGCUCUACAACCAGCCCGUGGAUCAUUUGGGCAAGGUGAGGAUAUGA